UUGACAGUUAAGUUUCUGAACGUAAAUUGACGCUAAAACGUCACGUAAAAAAGUGUAAAUGGAAUUUAUGGCACUAUUAUUAAUUUCAAAAGCGUAAAAAUGAUGCGUCUUAAUAUGAUUAGAAAUACAAUAGAAAUUUACAAUUUAGGAUCGUCAGUAAAUGUAUUAAAAAUAUGCAAAUAUUCUCAAACGACGAAACCAGAAGGUCUUGAAGAAAAACCAAAAGAAUCUAAACGAUUAGCUGAAUUUAGAAAAAAAUUGAGAGAAACGACGCCUAUUGGUGACCUUGGUGAACAACCACUUACGCCGCCGACUGUAAAGGAGGAUCCCCUGCCUCCAUGGCCUGACAAUAGAAAUCCUCAUACAGGGGAGGUGAAUGGUCCAAGAGGACCAGAGCCAACAAGAUAUGGGGACUGGGAAAGAAAGGGAAGGGUUUCGGAUUUCUGAUAAGAUAAUGUAAAUAAUAUCAAUUGUGAUUGCUCCGCUUAGUCGUAAUUAGAAGAUGCAAUAAAAAAUAAAAUUCUGUUGAGUUUA